AUGUCAUCAAAAAGAUUCUUGAAUAUCAACCUAGCCCUGCGGUUUGAUGAUAAACUGUUGCGGCCAGACCGCCACAGGAGGGAUAAGAUGGCCCCGAUCAGAGACCUGUGGGACAGAUGGAGCAGCCGACUCCCUAAGAUGUUUAACCCGGGAAGGGACAUCUGUAUCGACGAACAGCUGGUCCCUUUUAGGGGACGCUGUUCAUUUAGGCAAUACAUGCCCUCCAAACCUGGGAAGUAUGGCCUGAAGAUUUGGGCACUCUGCGAUGCUCAGACCUCCUAUGCAUGGAGGCUCCAAGUUUACUUGGGAAAGUCUGCCUCAGCACCAGUUGAGCGCAACCAGGGCAUGCGUGUUGUACUGGAGCUCACAGAUGAGCUCGAGGGCCACACUGUAACAAAAGAUAACUUUUUUACAUCUUUUCCUCUUGCUGAGGAGCUGCAGAAGAGGAGGAUGGCCCUGGUCGGGACACUGAAGUCAAACAAACCUGAGCUCCCCCACCAGCUGCUCAACACCAAACUCAGAGAAGUGCUUUCCUCUGUGUUUGCCUCAAUGCACAACAAGACCACUGUGUCCUAUGUCCCGAAAAAAGGAAAAAUGUCCUGCUUUUGAGCACAAGACAUCGGGAGCCGGAGGUCCAGGAAUCUAGGAAGAAAAAACCUCAGAUCAUUCUGGACUACAAUAGAUGCAAAGGGGCUGUCGACCACCUAGACCAGGUAAUUACACAUCACAUAUUUAUUUUACUUACUGGUAUUUAUUUACAGUUGCUCAUUACAUAUUGUUGUGUGAUAAAGUAGUAGACUAUUUACUUUUUCAUUUUUUCAAUUCAUCCAGAGGGAUGUGUAAGCUAUAAACGUAUUCAUGUCAACUGAUCAUUAGUUGUUGUUUUUUUUCUUUUUUCGCAGGCUUGUGGCACCUACUCCUGCCGUAGGCAAACACGCUGCUGGCCCAUGUGUCUGUUCUAUCACUUGGUUGAUGUGUUGUGCUUCAAUGCAUACAUCCUUUUCACCUCUGUUGACCCCAGCUGGAACAGUGGCAAGAACUUCAAGUGCCGUCUCUUCCUUCAGCAGCUUGGCAGAGCUCUCAUAGCCCCAGCCACUGCAAACAGGAGCCAUUUUCCCAGAGGACCAUUUGCAGCCAGCCUGGUUCUCCAAGCCCAGGGCCAGGUCCAUCAAGAGGAAGGCCACGAAAAACAGGGAGAAGAGGAGGAAAAGGAGGAGAAGCCACAGCCAGGACUCUCCAGAAAGCGGAAGGCAUGUUUAUUGUGCCCAAAUCCUAAAAGAGUGAGGAGCCAGUGCAUCAAAUGCAGAGGAUAUGCAUGCAGGAAGAACCUUGCACUUGUCUGUCUCCAGUAGCUGUGAACAUUUACAUAUUGAACUUAAAACUUUGACAUUUGUUGAACUUGAAUUUGUGGUGUUUGUUGAACUUGAGUUUGUCGUGUUUUUGAACUUGAGUUUGUGUGUUUUUUGAACUUGAGUUUGUGGCAUGUUUGAACUAGAGUUUGUGGCGUGUUUGAAUUUGAGGUUUUUGCAAUUGUUAAACUUGAGGUUUGGGUGUUGGUUGAACUUGAAACUGACAUUUGUUGAACUUAAAUUUGUGGUGUUUGUUGAACUUGAGUUUGUGUCGUGUUUGAACUUGAGAUUGUGUUUUUUUUACUUGAGUUUGUGUGGUUUUUGAACUUGAGUUUGUGGCGUGUUUGAACUUGAGUUUGUGGUGUGUUUGAACUUGAGUUUGUGGUAUUUUUUGAACUUGAGGUUUUGGAAAUUGUUAAACUUGAGAAUCAGGGGUUGGUUGAACUUGAGUUUGUGGUGUUUUUUGAACUUGAGUUUUUGUCGUGUUUGAACUUGAGUUUGUGGUGUUUUUGAACUUGAGUUUGUGUGUUUGUUAAACUUGAGUUUUUGGCGUCUCUCAACUUGAGUUUGUGGUGUUUUUGAACUUGAGGUUGUGGAAAUUGUUAAACUUAAGAAUUGGGUGUUGGUUGAACUUGAGUUUGUGGCAUUUGUUAAACUUCAGUUUGUGGUGUGUUUGAACUUGAAUUUGUGUUGUUUUUGGACUUGAGCUUGUGGCAAUUGUUAAACUUGAGUUUUGGGUGUUGGUUGAACUUAAAAAUUUUCACAAUUGUUGAACUCGAGUUUGUGGUGUUCAUUGAACUUUAGUUUGUGUUAUGUUUGAACUUGAGUUUGUCGUGUUUUUUGAACUUGAGGUUGUGGUGUUUUUGAACCUGAGUUUGUGUGUUUGUUGAAGUUGAGUUUGUGGCGUGGUUGAAUUUGAGGUUGUUGCAUUUGUUAAACUUGAGAUUUCGGUGUUGGUUGAACUUGAAACUUUGACAAUUGUUGAACUUGAGUUUGUGGUGUUUGUUGAACUUGAGUUUGUGUCGUGUUUGAACUUGAGAUUGUGUUUUUUUUAACUUGAGUUUGUGGUGUGUUUGAACUUGAGUUUGUGUCAUGUUUGAACUUGAGUUUGUGGUGUUUUUGAACUUGAGUUUGUGGCGUGUUUGAACUUGAGUUUGUGGCGUGUUUGAACUUGAGGUUGUGGAAUUUGUUAUACUUGAGGUUUGGGUGUUGGUUGAACUUGAAACUGACAUUUGUUGAAUUUGAGUUUGUGGUCUUUGUUCAGCUUGAGUUUGUGUCGUGUUUGAACUUGAGAUUGUGUCGUGUUUGAACUUGAGAUUGUGUGGUUUUUGAACUUGGGUUUGUGGCAUGUUUGAACUUGAGUUUGUGGCGUGUUUGAACUUGAGUUUGUGGUGUUUUUUGAACUUGAGCUUGUGGUGUUUUUGAACUUGAGUGUGUGUUUUUUGAACUUGAGUUUGUGGCGUCUUUGAACUUGAGUUUGUGGUGUUUUUGAACUUGUUUGUGGCGUGUUUGAACUUGAGUUUGUGGCGUGUUUGAACUUUAGUUUGUGGCGUGUUUGAACUUGAGGUUGUGGCAUUUGUUAAACUUGAGGUUUGGGUGUUGGUUGAACUUGAAACUUUGACUUUUGUUGAAGUUGAGUUUGUGGUCUUUGUUGAACUUGAGUUUGUGUCGUGUGUGAACUUGAGAUUGUGUUUUUUUUUUACUUGAGUUUGUGACGUGUUUGUAUUUGAGUUUGUGGUGUGUUUGAAUUUGAGGUUUUUGCAAUUGUUAAACUUGAGGUUUGGGUGUUGGUUGAACUUGAAACUGACAUUUGUUGAACUUAAAUUUGUGGUGUUUGUUGAACUUGAGUUUGUGUCGUGUUUGAACUUGAGAUUGUGUUUUUUUUACUUGAGUUUGUGUGGUUUUUGAACUUGAGUUUGUGGCGUGUUUGAACUUGAGUUUGUGGUGUGUUUGAACUUGAGUUUGUGGUAUUUUUUGAACUUGAGGUUUUGGAAAUUGUUAAACUUGAGAAUCAGGGGUUGGUUGAACUUGAGUUUGUGGUGUUUUUUGAACUUGAGUUUUUGUCGUGUUUGAACUUGAGUUUGUGGUGUUUUUGAACUUGAGUUUGUGUGUUUGUUAAACUUGAGAUUUCGGUGUUGGUUGAACUUGAAACUUUGACAAUUGUUGAACUUGAGUUUGUGGUGUUUGUUGAACUUGAGUUUGUGUCGUGUUUGAACUUGAGAUUGUGUUUUUUUUAACUUGAGUUUGUGGUGUGUUUGAACUUGAGUUUGUGUCAUGUUUGAACUUGAGUUUGUGGUGUUUUUGAACUUGAGUUUGUGGCGUGUUUGAACUUGAGUUUGUGGCGUGUUUGAACUUGAGGUUGUGGAAUUUGUUAUACUUGAGGUUUGGGUGUUGGUUGAACUUGAAACUGACAUUUGUUGAAUUUGAGUUUGUGGUCUUUGUUCAGCUUGAGUUUGUGUCGUGUUUGAACUUGAGAUUGUGUCGUGUUUGAACUUGAGAUUGUGUGGUUUUUGAACUUGGGUUUGUGGCAUGUUUGAACUUGAGUUUGUGGCGUGUUUGAACUUGAGUUUGUGGUGUUUUUUGAACUUGAGCUUGUGGUGUUUUUGAACUUGAGUGUGUGUUUUUUGAACUUGAGUUUGUGGCGUCUUUGAACUUGAGUUUGUGGUGUUUUUGAACUUGUUUGUGGCGUGUUUGAACUUGAGUUUGUGGCGUGUUUGAACUUUAGUUUGUGGCGUGUUUGAACUUGAGGUUGUGGCAUUUGUUAAACUUGAGGUUUGGGUGUUGGUUGAACUUGAAACUUUGACUUUUGUUGAAGUUGAGUUUGUGGUCUUUGUUGAACUUGAGUUUGUGUCGUGUGUGAACUUGAGAUUGUGUUUUUUUUUUACUUGAGUUUGUGACGUGUUUGUAUUUGAGUUUGUGGUGUGUUUGAAUUUGAGGUUUUUGCAAUUGUUAAACUUGAGGUUUGGGUGUUGGUUGAACUUGAAACUGACAUUUGUUGAACUUAAAUUUGUGGUGUUUGUUGAACUUGAGUUUGUGUCGUGUUUGAACUUGAGAUUGUGUUUUUUUUACUUGAGUUUGUGUGGUUUUUGAACUUGAGUUUGUGGCGUGUUUGAACUUGAGUUUGUGGUGUGUUUGAACUUGAGUUUGUGGUAUUUUUUGAACUUGAGGUUUUGGAAAUUGUUAAACUUGAGAAUCAGGGGUUGGUUGAACUUGAGUUUGUGGUGUUUUUUGAACUUGAGUUUUUGUCGUGUUUGAACUUGAGUUUGUGGUGUUUUUGAACUUGAGUUUGUGUGUUUGUUAAACUUGAGUUUUUGGCGUCUCUCAACUUGAGUUUGUGGUGUUUUUGAACUUGAGGUUGUGGAAAUUGUUAAACUUAAGAAUUGGGUGUUGGUUGAACUUGAGUUUGUGGCAUUUGUUAAACUUCAGUUUGUGGUGUGUUUGAACUUGAAUUUGUGUUGUUUUUGGACUUGAGCUUGUGGCAAUUGUUAAACUUGAGUUUUGGGUGUUGGUUGAACUUAAAAAUUUUCACAAUUGUUGAACUCGAGUUUGUGGUGUUCAUUGAACUUUAGUUUGUGUUAUGUUUGAACUUGAGUUUGUCGUGUUUUUUGAACUUGAGGUUGUGGUGUUUUUGAACCUGAGUUUGUGUGUUUGUUGAAGUUGAGUUUGUGGCGUGGUUGAAUUUGAGGUUGUUGCAUUUGUUAAACUUGAGAUUUCGGUGUUGGUUGAACUUGAAACUUUGACAAUUGUUGAACUUGAGUUUGUGGUGUUUGUUGAACUUGAGUUUGUGUCGUGUUUGAACUUGAGAUUGUGUUUUUUUUAACUUGAGUUUGUGGUGUGUUUGAACUUGAGUUUGUGUCGUGUUUGAACUUGAGUUUGUGGUGUUUUUGAACUUGAGUUUGUGGCGUGUUUGAACUUGAGUUUGUGGCGUGUUUGAACUUGAGGUUGUGGAAUUUGUUAUACUUGAGGUUUGGGUGUUGGUUGAACUUGAAACUUUGACAUUUGUUGAAUUUGAGUUUGUGGUCUUUGUUCAACUUGAGUUUGUGUCGUGUUUGAACUUGAGAUUGUAUUUUUUUUAACUUGAGUUUGUGUGGUUUUUGAACUUGGGUUUGUGGCAUGUUUGAACUUGAGUUUGUGGCGUGUUUGAACUUGAGUUUGUGGUGUUUUUUGAACUUGAGCUUGUGGUGUUUUUGAACUUGAGUGUGUGUUUUUUGAACUUGAGUUUGUGGCGUCUUUGAACUUGAGUUUGUGGUGUUUUUGUGGCGUGUUUGAACUUGUUUGUGGCGUGUUUGAACUUUAGUUUGUGGCGUGUUUGAACUUGAGGUUGUGGCAUUUGUUAAACUUGAGGUUUGGGUGUUGGUUGAACUUGAAACUUUGACUUUUGUUGAAGUUGAGUUUGUGGUCUUUGUUGAACUUGAGUUUGUGUCGUGUGUGAACUUGAGAUUGUGUUUUUUUUUUAACUUGAGUUUGUGACGUGUUUGUAUUUGAGUUUGUGGUGUGUUUGAACUUGAGUUUGUGGUAUUUUUUGAACUUGAGGUUUUGGAAAUUGUUAAACUUGAGAAUCGAGGGUUGAUUGAACUUGAGUUUGUGUGUUUGUUGAACUUGAGUUUGUGGCAUGUUUGAAUUUGAGUUUGUGUCGUGUUUGAACUUGAGUUUGUGGUGUUUUUGAACUUGAGUUUGUGGCGUGUUUGAACUUGAGUUUGUGGCGUGUUUGAACUUGAGGUUGUGGAAUUUGUUAUACUUGAGGUUUGGGUGUUGGUUGAACUUGAAACUUUGACAUUUGUUGAAUUUGAGUUUGUGGUCUUUGUUCAACUUGAGUUUGUGUCGUGUUUGAACUUGAGAUUGUGUUUUUUUUAACUUGAGUUUGUGUGGUUUUUGAACUUGGGUUUGUGGCAUGUUUGAACUUGAGUUUGUGGCGUGUUUGAACUUGAGUUUGUGGUGUUUUUUGAACUUGAGCUUGUGGUGUUUUUGAACUUGAGUGUGUGUUUUUUGAACUUGAGUUUGUGGCGUCUUUGAACUUGAGUUUGUGGUGUUUUUGAACUUGUUUGUGGCGUGUUUGAACUUGAGUUUGUGGCGUGUUUGAACUUUAGUUUGUGGCGUGUUUGAACUUGAGGUUGUGGCAUUUGUUAAACUUGAG